GAGUGUCCUCUGAUUUAUUAGAAACGUCGGAGAUGACAAAGAUGGCGAAUUUUCUUCCAGCGAAACCUCACAUGCUUAUGUGAAAAUUGUUUAUUUUGCACAAAAAUGUAAUGAAAAUUGCUUAGGUGGCUUGAUACGCAUCUCACAGACAGUUGAAGUGAUUCGUUUGUGAAGUGAUUGGAUUCAUCAUGCCCACAGGCGGUUGGAAUUUGGAAAAUAAAUAAUGACCUUCUAGUUCCAUUUUCACCGUUGUCAUAAUUUUUAACCAUGACAUCGAAGAAAGAAGUCCGCAUCCUACUUGUCGGGGAUCCGGGCGUGGGAAAAACAUCAUUGAUACUGACCUUAGUGAGUGAGGAGUUUCCAGAUGAAGUCCCGGCCAAAGCUGAGGAAAUCACUAUACCUGCAGAUGUCACCCCGGAGCGGGUGCCUACACACAUUGUGGAUUACAGUUCACAAGAGCAAGAUGAAGACAUUCUGCAAGAUGAGCUAGCAAAGUCCAAUGUUAUUUGUGUAAUAUACUCGGUGGACGAUGAAGAUUCAAUUGAAAGGAUCACCUCCUUUUGGUUGCCAUACAUUCGUACUUACCUCGGGGAUGACCAUAAAAAGCCUGUUAUACUGGUGGGGAACAAAUGUGAUCUGAUGGACUUCAGCACCGAGGAGAUUAUGCGACCAAUUAUGAAUGACUUUGCUGAAGUGGAGACCUGCGUGGAGUGCUCAGCCAGAACCCUUAAAAAUAUUAGUGAGAUGUUUUAUUAUGCUCAGAAAGCUGUUUUACACCCUACAGCAGCUGUUUAUAACUCAGAGGAAAAAGAGCUAACAUUGCAGUGCAAGAAAGCUCUCACAAGAGUAUUUAAGAUCUGUGAUCUAGACAAUGACUCAAUAUUAAAUGAUGAUGAAGUGCAUCUAUUUCAAGUGAAAUGUUUCCAUGCGCCUCUUCAUGCCCAGUCAUUGGACGAUGUUAAGGCCAUUGUCAAGAGAAACAUAUCUGAUGGCGUGAUCAAAAAUGGCUUAUCUCUUAAAGGAUUUUUAUUUCUGCAUACUCUAUUCAUUCAAAGAGGACGCCAUGAAACCACCUGGACAGUGUUGAGGACGUUUGGUUAUGAUGAUAACUUACAGCUAACAAAGGAGUACUUGUCACCUAAGAUCCAUGUCGGAUUAGGAUGUACAACUGAGUUGUCUUUUGAAGGUUUACAGUUUCUAAAACUGCUGUUCCAGAAAUAUGAUGAGGACAAUGAUGGCUACCUGUCACCCCCAGAGUUACAGAACUUGUUCAGCACAUGUCCCAUGAUGCCUUGGGGCCCCGAUGUCAACAAUACAGUGUGUACCAAUCAUAAUGGCUGGAUAUCUCUGGCUGGCUAUCUAGCACAAUGGGAACUGACCACAUUACUGGACGUCCCGAGGACGAUAGAGUACUUGGCGUAUCUAGGGUAUCAGUACUUGAAGGAUGGACAGUUAUCAGCAAUCACAGUGACCAGAGACAAGAAGAUAGAUUUAGACAAGAAGCAGACCAGUAGGAAUGUGUUCAGAUGUCACGUCCUGGGCGCCAAAGGCGUGGGGAAGACCUCUUUACUCCAAGGCCACUUAAACAGGAACCUGAGAUACGUGGCCACUCUUAACAAGGAGCACCUGUCCAGUUUUACAAUCAACACAGUACAGGUCUAUGGGCAGGAGAAAUAUUUACUGUUACACGAGGUAGAUGUUGCCGUGAGUGACAUGUUGAACCCAACAGAGAUGAACUGUGAUGUGGCCUGUCUAGUCUAUGAUGUCACGAACCCAAGAACGUUUGAAUUCUGUGCCAGAAUGUACUUGAAACAUUUUCUGGACAGUCGGAUACCAACAUUAGUGGUGGCCUGUAAAACAGAACACCCUCCCAUUCGUCAGGACUACCACCUCAGCCCCGCCCAGUUCUGUCACAAGUACAAGUUACCUCCCCCUCAGAACUUCACCUGCAUCGACAAAGUCAACAGGGAGGUGUACAUUAAACUGGCCACGAUGGCUGCUUAUCCCAACCUGAAACGUUUGGUCCACAUGCUGCUUGUUCAGCAGAACCCGCUCUGGCUACAAGAACGAAUAAGGUCGGGGGCUUCGCAUGUAAGAGACAUUAUAUCUCGAGAUGAUAAAAUUUACAUGAAGAUUGGCCUAGUGGCUGCAGCACUGGCAGGACUGGGGUUUCUGGUGUACAGAAUGACUGCCACCCACUCAUCUAGAUAAUAUUAAAUAUACAUUGUUAGUGUCACCGUGUGAUAAUCAGAAGGAUUGAGUCUUACUCACUGAAAUGUAUCUAAGUCUAAAGUGGCUUGAAGUCACGAAACAGCGCAUUAUUGCGAGAUGAUUGGUGGGUCUGUGAACUAAAGGAAAUUUCGACAGAAAGCUAAUGAUCUCCAUUAAAUGAUAAAAUGACAGCAUUGUGACUUUUAAAACAAUCAUGAUAAUGUGAAAAUUGACAUGGAUGAAGUAUUUUUUGUGUAACCCACUGCUGUUAUCCUGACUACUAGGUUGUGUGGAGAUUUUUGUGUUUUACUGUUGUGUAUUGUGUAUGAGUGUGUGUGAUAUUCUCUAUAAAUUAUAAGUAUAUAUAUUGAAGUCAGCUCACUAGUAUCUGGUCAAACCGAGGCAGAGAUUAAUAAAAAUCCUAAGCUAUAUCUCGUACACACACAGCCAUUUAAUAUUCCAAACAAGAAAUAUGAUGUGAUGCUUUCAUUGGGAAGAAGUGAAAUAGGAGUAAAUAACAUUUAAGGUUGACUUUUUACAACCAGCAGGAUUCUGUAUCGAAGUCUGGUUUUUACGUCUUUCGUUAAGUAUUGGUCAACUUUAAAAUUCAGUGUAUCCUACGCGCAAUAUUCAGGUCCCAAACAAAUGUGGACGUCAUUUGUCGGAUAUAUGAUUGACAUGUAGUAUAAGAAAUUUAUAAUGGAUUCAUACCAUUUGGAUUUCUAAUUUAAAUAAUUUGUCAUUUCAAGCUAGUUGCGUAGGGGUGACACAUUUCUAUAAAACAUGAAAGUCUACUAAUUUUUCAGUAGUUUUCUAGCUUGUAAAACCAAAUACAGUUAAAACUCGUUAUCUCGAACUCAAUGGAGGUGAUAAAAAACUUUUGAGAUAUCCGAGGGUUCGAAAUAUUGAAGUUAAAAUACAUAUAGAAAAUGUAGUUGUGACUUCCAACUCAUUUUGACAUAUCUAUGGUAUUUGAGAGAGCAAUGUUUGAGAUAUCGAAUUAUUGAUGUUCAAGAUAUCGAUGUUUGAGAUAUCGAAUUAUUGAUGUUCAAGAUAUCGAUGUUUGAGAUAUCGAUGUUCAACUGUAUAUUAGCUGUGGUAUCCAGUUGUGUUUGGUGAAUGUGUAUACACAUGUAAUAAAUUUUUACAAAUUUUGCCAUACAUGUAAAUUGUAUUUGAUUAAGGAUGGCAUAUGAAUACAUAAAUUUGAUUACAUAU